CUCGUAGCACUUUAGCUCCAGAGAAAAAGCAAGCGUCAACCGAGACGGGGCGAAGAAGAGCACGAAUCUUAUUUGUUUGCCAAAGUGGGCAAUAUUCUGGGUGUGGCAGUGUUAGGUGUGACCACUACCCUUAGCUCCGCGAUUAGUUUUUUAGAUUUAAUUUGGAUUGGAUUGUCAAACGUGUUGUUUUUUUCUUACGAGAGACGUUUCCCUUUGCAUUUAGCUUGUUAGCUAGCCUGCGGUUAGCUAAAGCUUUCAACAGAAGCACAAGAAAACCCCAAAUUUAAGCUUUUUACCUCAGGAUUGUCACCCAGCUCAAACACUAUGACAUCACGGAAGAAAGUACUACUCAAAGUCAUUAUUCUUGGAGAUUCUGGGGUUGGGAAGACCUCUUUGAUGAACCAGUAUGUGAAUAAGAAGUUCAGCAACCAGUACAAAGCCACAAUAGGUGCUGAUUUCUUGACAAAAGAAGUUAUGGUGGACGACAGACUUGUCACAAUGCAGAUUUGGGACACAGCUGGACAGGAGAGAUUUCAGUCCCUUGGUGUUGCAUUCUACCGAGGAGCAGACUGCUGCGUCCUGGUGUUUGAUGUGACUGCACCUAACACCUUCAAGACGCUGGACUCCUGGCGUGAUGAGUUCUUGAUCCAAGCCAGCCCACGAGACCCUGAAAACUUUCCUUUUGUGGUGCUGGGCAACAAGAUUGAUUUGGAGAACAGACAGGUAACAACUAAAAGAGCACAGGCUUGGUGUCAAAGCAAGAACAACAUCCCUUACUUUGAAACCAGUGCUAAAGAAGCAAUCAAUGUGGAGCAGGCCUUUCAGACAAUUGCACGUAAUGCUCUUAAACAGGAGACUGAAGUGGAGCUGUACAACCCUGAUUUCCCAGAGCCGAUCAAACUGGACAGAAACGAUCGCGCAAAGCCUUCAUCAGAACCAUGCAGCUGUUGAGGACUCAGAAGAUCCUUUGGGCACAGCCCUGACAACCCUGUCUUGCCUUGUCUAUAUUACCUUUCCCAUGGCCCACUGUGUUAACCCCUAAUGCUCAACCGUACAAGCAGCAUCUCAGUCAUAGAGAAUAUUACUCUAAACUCAAACACAUGCUGCACCCACUUACAUAAAAAUCAUUUUCUAGAAAAAGAGUCCCUUAGCCCAAAGACACCUGGAGGAGACAUGAUGGCAUUUGCUUGUACGAUGCUUUUGACUUUCCAGUGUUUCACGUUCAAAGCAGUGGUGGUUUGAGCUAAUCUCAGUUUCAUGUAUGCGCAUACCUUUGGUUCUAACUGCUUUUAUUUUGAUGCUUUAUUGUGGUAAAUCUAAGCAUAAUCUAAACAUUGUCUCUUUUCAUGUGCUUAUAAGUCAAGUUAUACUACUAAUGUCAUUUUUAAAAUAUUUUCUUUGGUAGUGGUGGUUGAUUUCAUGCUCUCAAGCCCAUCACUGCUGGAUGAAUGGAGGAAACACUGCAGCCCUCUCCUUAUACUCAUUUGUGUUGUGGCUUAAACUUGUUUCACAAUAAUGUGCACUUGUUACCAUACCUCACCCCCUUUUUAAAUAAAUCAAUACUUAAGAUACAGGGAAACAAUACAGACUUAGGCCGAAGGUGCAUUUACCUGCCACCUGCUAAUUGAUACAUUUGUAGAUGAGAUUUGUCAUGUAGAUUUCACUGACUUUUUUGCACUUAGCUCUCAACUACAAAAGCUAAAGAAAUGUUUAGGCAUCUUGAGCCACAAAAUGCAUCAUUGUAGCUCAGGUUGAGUGUUCUGUGUGAAAACAUCAUCUCCCAGAUAAAGUGUUGGUACACCAUUUAACUCCCAGUGAGCAUGUCAUUCUACUUAUCUUGGGAGAAGAUAAAGAAGUUAGCACUAUUUUAAAUAGUAGUUACUUUAUUCUGUCAUCUAUUGCAACUCUUUGUUUCAAACCUCUCAAUCAUUUUUAUUAGAGAAGCAAACAGCGUCUCCAUAUCUGUCUCUGCCAUCUGCUUGUGUUGGCAAUGUAAGUGCUUGACUUUUCUUUCACUGUAUGUUUAUGUUAUGUUGGAAAUUCAUUAUAGAUACCAUACUGUAAAAUAAAAAAAAAAUGGGGGAAAGUACUGGCAUUGAUCAUUAUACUAUUAAUAUGAUAAAUGCAUAGCAUCUACUUGUAUGAAAUGUCUGCGUUUCAAGUGAUGAGGGUAAUAAAAGUCUUAAAAAAGGA